UUUCUGAAUAUCAAGAUUGCAAUAUGGCGACGGAGGUAUUGCAGAUAAAUAAUACAAGCUAACAAGCUAGCGAAGCAAUCUAACGAAUAGGUUCUAGCACCUCGCAGAAUAGCAUGCAGGAAACUAACCAGCCCUUAGUGACAGAAGCGUACAGAAAACUUGCAUAAUGGAAACACGGGGCAUAGAGCAGAUGUUUGACUUCCAGCGGUUGCCAAGUGACGGCCUGAUCCUGCUGCUGCUGCUGCUGUAUUCCCCAGUCGGCCUUUGUUUGAUGUUGCUGCGGAUAUUUAUUGGUGUCCAUGUGUUUCUAGUGAGCUGUGCACUUCCAGACAGUUUUAUAAGAAGAUUCAUCGUACGAGUCAUGUGCUCUGUACUAGGUCUGCAUAUAAGACAGAACAGCCCUCGCUUAAGAGACAAAAGUGUCAAGUUGUAUGUCUGCAAUCAUGUCACUCAGUUUGACCACAACAUUAUUAACCUCCUUACCUCCUGCAACACUCCAUUGCUUGAAGGCCCUUCAGGGUUUGUAUGUUGGGCACGGGGCUUUAUGGAGCUGGGUACUAUGGCAGGUAGCAGAACUGAGCUAGCAGAGACACUGCAUGGGUACUGCUCAGCUCCUGGAGCACUGCCUUUAUUGCUCUUCCCAGAGGAGGACACCACUAACGGCCGUGCAGGCCUGCUCAAGUUUAGCUCCUGGCCUUUCUCUGUGGCGGACUCUGUUCAGCCUGUGGCCAUGACAGUGAAGAGGCCUCUCAUAUCUGUGAAUGUACCAGAGUCUUCAUGGCUAACAGAAUUGCUGUGGACGUUUUUUGUCCCGUUCACAGUGUAUCAAGUAAGAUGGCAUCUUCCAGUACAUAGGCAAGAUGGAGAAUCACAUCAAGAAUUUGCCAACAGAGUCCAAGAGCUUCUAGCUACUGAGCUUGGUGUGGUCUCAACACAGAUCACUAAGGCAGACAAAGCAGAGCACAUCAAAAGGAAAAGGCAUACAGUUCCACAUACCACACAAUUGAAUUUGGGUGCUAGACCUCGCACCAUGGCACAGGGUUUCCUAGGUUCAGGCCCAGGGGCAGAGAACCCUGGAGUGGUGCGUAUGGCACAGCAGGUGAAGGAAGUGCUACCUGAUAUUCCCCUUAGUGUCAUCACCAGAGACCUGCUGCAAACAAAUUGUGUGGAUGCAACUAUUACCAACCUGCUGGAGAGCUCUGACCAGUAUCACACAGAUCCUGCAGAGGGUGCUACAUCAGGUCCAGCCAGGCCUCAAAUCUCCACAACCCCUUCUGUUGCUGCCUCCUCUCCCACCAUAAAGCCAGCUGCCAAAUCUUUUGGAAGAUUGCCAGCAGACAGACACAUGUCUCUACAGGAAAGAAAAGCGGCCUUGUAUGAGUAUGCAAGAAGACGUUUCAUUGAAAAACACGGACUGGAGGAAGACUCAUGAGUUUGGACAAAUCACCGCCCCAGGAUGUGUUUACCGAGAGACAACUGACUUCACACACAAUGUUACCCAAACAAGGAGAAGAUUAUUGUGUUGACUUUACCUGAAAUAUUUGUGUUAACCAAACAUAAAGAUUGAACUUCAGUGGAUUUUUUUUAAUCCUCUUGCAUGGCAAUCAUGCAUGUCUUUUUAAUUAUUUCUCUCUGCUACAGAAAAACAAAAAGAUUAUUUUGGUAAACAAUUUGUACUACACCCCAGUGACAGUGGAACAUCUCAUAUUAUUUUUAUAAAGGUGAGAAUUAGAAAGCAGGGGGUCGACAUUGUGUGGUUCAAAAUAAAACACAGUUUGAGGUUAUGUUGUAAGGAUAUGUGUUGAUUCAGUAUCAGCUUUUAAAGACAUUAAAGAUCAUUUAUAAAUGCAAAAA